AAACCCAAUCAAAAACGUAGCAGUAACAUCUGGUUUUGAAAUGCUCAAUCUAUCAGAGGUCUUCGUCUCUAUUUAAGGCUGCGAUAUAUGUCUGAGAGGAGAGGCAUUUUCAUAAUAAAAUCAAGAUGGCCAUUCGUAUAACAUUAGUUCUCAAUUUGGUGUGUUUGACUGUCAUCAGUGUAAAUGCUUUUGGUCGUCCCGGGGGACUCAGUAGAACAAAACCGGCAACCCCAGAAAUCCAAAGACUUGUCAAUUCCGUGCGCGGGCAGAUCAUCAGUAAACUUCCCCUGGGAUACGACAGAGAACAAUAUUUACCACUGACAGCUCAUUCAUACAAAGAACAGGUUGUCUCCGGCACAAACUAUUUCAUCAAGAUUAAAACAGGACCAAUGAGGUAUAUCCAUGCAAGAAUAUACAAACCAUUGUUUGGUUUAACUUCUGUGCAUAGUGUCCAGUUACAGAAAUCCCUCUUGGACCCGAUCAGAUAUUUUUAAAUAUGUUUGAAGCAAAUGCUUUUUUGAAUAGUCAGAAUUAAAGCACUAUACAAAU